AUGCCGUCUGCCGCAGGUACCAAACGCGUCAGGGGAGUCUCUAUAUUCAGACCAUUUGUUUUCGGCAGCGAAGCGCAACCAUUUGACCCAGCAAAGAAACCACCACACGUACCCGCAGACCACACCCACCAAUGGCGCGUAUUCGUCAAGGGCGUCAACGGCGAAGACAUCUCAUACUGGCUCAAGAAAGUCCAAUUCAAGCUCCACGAAACAUACGCGCAGAACGUCCGAACGAUCGAGCAGCCGCCCUUCGAAGUAACGGAGACCGGAUGGGGUGAAUUCGAGAUUCAAAUCAAACUCUACUUUAUCCCGGAGUCGACGGAAAAACCACAGACCCUCUGGCAUAGUCUGAAACUGCACCCGUACGGUCCAGAUGCGGAGGGGAGGAAAGAGCGGAGGGAAGUUGUCAUCAGUCAGAACUAUGAGGAGGUUGUGUUCAAUGAGCCUGUUGAGCAGUUCUACGAGCAUCUUACUGGUGGGCCGGGGACGCCGCAGCCGCAGAAGGGCAAGGGUGGGAAGAAUGCAAAGCAGGCACAGCAACAGCGCGGUGGAAGGACGGCUGAGAUUCCGUAUAAUGAGACGGCAGAGAAUCCCUACAGCCGGACGGGUGAAAACAAGGAACUGGAUCGCUUGGCCGAGGCGAACAAGACUGUGGAGCAAAUGAUCAAGGAGGAAAAGGAACGACUCAUUGAGCGUGAGAAGCGACUGGCAGAGCUGCGAGAGAGCGAGGGCAUGCCGGUGCAAACAAACAAGAAGCGAUAG